UCCUGAAGCAGCAACUCCUGUCCGCGCCCCGCCGCCCAUCCCAGGAGAGCUGGAGAACAACAACACUGAUGCAGAGAAAACAGACUUGGAUCAGGAGGAGCACCUGAUAGUGACUGCUCCUGCCAGGGAUCUGGAUAUUUUGCUCAGACACAACAUGGGUCAGGAUGAACCUGCUGUCCACAUGGGUGGCCCACUGGAAAUAAACAUGCAGACGCUAGACACAGAACAAGAAAAGAAUCUUCCAGAAGCUUUGGGCUCUGUGCCUGUCCCUGAUUCAUCCUCAAUGAAGGAAACUCCUGAAGUGGCUAAAUGCACAGCACCACCCUCUGAGCCAUCCCAAGCACCAGUCCCAAUCCUAGUCAGAGAUCCUGUCCCGGAUCUGGCUCCAGCUCCAGCUCCCGCCCCCGCUCUAACCCCAGAGCCAGACUCAGUACAGAGCAGUGAACCUGCACCAAUCCAAGCUCUGGAGCCCCCUGAGGAAAAACCUCUUGCAGUCUCAGAACCAGAGUGCAAUGGUCUCCCCAACCAGACAGAACCUAUUCGAAAGACUAAAACCAGCAGCAAAUCUAAGCCUCCAUCUCUGAAAAUGAAGGCCUCGAUGAACGAGCUUGCUCAAACAAAUGAGGAACAAGAACUUCCUGUUCCCAAGGCCACAUACAACUUUGACCCUGACCAGCUGGAUGCCGCUUUUAAUCCCUUUACCAGCGGUGGAUCAAAAAUUCAAAACUCUCCUCCACCUUGCGGUACAAACUCUCUACCCAGACUGGAGCCAAUUGGUUGCUCAUUGCCUGAUUCUGAGGCCAGCUCAGCAGCUCCAGCAGAUGCAGAGGUGACAGAGUCUUCAUCAGGGGCGAAACCUGUGAUGCUGGAGUUCGGUCUGGACGAAGGGAUGGUCAGCAAGCCACCUCCAAGGAAAUUAGGUGGAAAAAAGACAAUCAGCAAACUCGCAGCUAAGAAGCAGAGGCCCAAAGGAUCAGAGGCUUCCUGCAAACCUGCGCCAGAACCCACAGUGUCAGAACCAGUUUCUCAACCAGUACCAGAACCAGUUUCCCAAUCAAUAUCAGAACCUGUUUCAGAUCCUCUUCCAGAAAUUUCUUUGCCAGUUUCAGACUCUUCAGCACCUGUGAACCUUGACGAUGUUCCUAUUCCUAAAACCGGAACAUAUAACUUUGAUCCCAGUCAGUGGGAUGACCCGAACUUCAAUCCGUUUGGUAGCAAUAAUAAUAUGAGCAGCUCCCCAGUGCUCCCUAAAGGCAGCUACAGCUUCAACCCAGACAAUUUUGAUGACUCUGUGGACCCUUUUAAACCCUCCAAAAGCCUGAACACUGAGGACUCGUCCAGUAGCACCACUGAGCCUGAGAAAAAAGUAAAAGAUGGAGGCAAACAGAAAGCAGGGCACACGCCUAGUGAGAAGAAAGUAAGGCAGAUUCCCAAGAAAGGCAAAGAGAAGACAGCCACGAAUUCCUGUAAACUACAGAAAUAUGAUGAAAGCCAGUCCUUGGUGCUUGACGUGUGUAAUCAGGAGGAAGAUGGGGUGGUGGUUCAGACCCCAGAGAUCACUCAGCGGGUUCAUCACGCCACCGAUGAGGAGAAGUUGGCCUCCACUGGCAUCAUGGGCCAGACAACAGAUAGCCAGGAGGAGAGAGGAGAAUCUGAAUGCAAUAAAGCACCUGCAAAAAAACACCCAGUUGAUGAAAUAUCCAUUAGGGAUGGUCCUGAUGUCAAGAUUGCAGAUCACCAGGAGGAGAAGAACACAUGCAGUCUGAAAGAUGAUAUAUGUGAGAUAUCCACAAACCAAACAACAAAGGUAGACAGCAGUGAUGUCACGGACACAGCAACCCUGACCCAGGAAAGCAUACCUUUGAGUGAGAUGGACAAGGCUGCAGUGCUCACUCUGAUCAGAGAAGAGAUUAUCACUAAAGAAAUCGAGGUCAAUGAGUGGAAGACAAAGUUCGAGGAAAGCAGAGCAGAGGUUUUUGAGAUGAGGAAAAUAGUUGCAGAAUAUGAGAAGACAGUUGCACAGAUGAUUGAGGAUGAGCAGCAGCAGAAGACUCUGUCCUGCAGCAAGUCAGUCAGGCAGUUGACCCUAGAGAGGGAUCAGGCCCUGGCUGACCUCAACUCUGUGGAGCGCUCCUUUGCUGACCUCUUCAGGAGGUAUGAAAACAUGAAGGGAGUUCUGGAGGGCUUCAAGAAGAAUGAGGAGGUGCUGAAGAAGUGUGCGCAGGACUACCUUAUAAGGAUCAAGCAAGAGGAGCAACGAUACCAAACCCUCAAAGUGCAUGCUGAGGAGAAACUGGACAAAGCUAAUGAAGAGAUAGCCCAGGUACGUGCAAAGGCCAACGCUGAGGGUGUCGCACUUAAUGCCAGCCUGAGGAAGGAGCAGAUGAAGGUGGAGUCACUUGAAAGAGCUGUCCUUCAAAAGAAUCAAGAGAUCGAGGAGCUCACCAAGAUCUGCGAUGAACUGAUUGCCAAACUGGGAACUGAAUAAGAGGCCUUUAAUCGAACUCUCAUUGCAGCAUGUGAUGGUGACAUAUGCAGUGUGUGAUGAAGUCCUCAGUUAUGCAGAUUUUGAAGUUAAAGCACAGCGUUUUGACAUCUUGUACAUUAUACCCUCAUACAUCUCUGGGAUUGUUAUAUAUGAAGAGCACUUAAGAGAAUCACACUUUACACACAGUUAUAUAGUAUCUUGAUGGGAGUUUGACAGUGAUGGGUGGAGGUGAAAGUUUAAAGCAGUAAAAACUUUGGUCUUAUUAUACUGCAAUAUUAAACUAUGUGCCAUGUUUCAUUUUCCUUCUCUCUGAGUAUGGAAAAAGGCGCAUUCUUCCGCUGCCAUGUAGAUAUUUUUGGAUUGUAUUCAUAUUUUAUCUGUGAGCCCACGUGUUGCUGGUGUGCCUUUAUUUUGUCUAUGUAAAACAAAAAAAAAGGUUUUGGUUUUUUAGUUCCUCCAUGCAGUUGUUUGCAAACUCUGUUGCCAAAGUGUACUGUAUACAUUAUAUUUCUUGUACAAUGAAAAUAUCUUGAACAACAAAUAUCUUGAGUUAUAAUGGGUUUGCAGUUUUAAUGCUUUACCUACAGGAACAGAUCAGUGAGCAAUGUGUGCACAUGAUGAACGACAUUACUCUUUAUUAUAAAGGCCUGUGUUUUGGGAGCAGAUGAUCAUUAUCCAGUAAAAUGUCCACUCAACAUUUUCUGGUCUGAUUGAACUUGAAGGAGCACAAAAGCACAUUUUCGGUCAGACAUGUAUCUCAUAUAAAGGACAGACUUUUGCAUGGAAACCUUCUUUUACGUCAGCACAAUCAAUUGCCAAAUGUCAGUGUAAAAUCAGACGGUUUCAGUGUGACAGUGUCCUGUUGUAGUGGUGUUACAGUAGUCCGAACGUGAUUUAAAUGCAAAUCCAUCGUCACAGUACAAUAUGUAUAAAUUUUAUACUUUAUGAAAAGAGUAUUCAGAAUUUUGUUCCUGAUAUUUGUAAAACUGAAGAAUUGGGUAUAAUCAGAUUGUAUGUUAACUGCUAUAUUUUGUGCAUUCCUGAAUAAAUGGUUAAGAUUUA